AUGUCUGUUGUGGAUAUAAAGUCGUGGCUGAAUUUAUUAUUGCUGCGUCGGGGGAGCCGUGGAAACCAGGACAGUCCAUGCAGGAGGUAUGCAGUGACUCCUCCUCUCACUCUGCGUCAUGUUACGUCCUCCUCCUCCCCCUCUCUGGAGCCAGCAGCAGCACAGGAGCUGCCGUGCCUCGUCUCGACGCGGAGGAGAUCCCGUGUAAAGCCGGAGUAAUAGCAAAACCCCAUACAGCCAUGGCAGAAAACGCCGGCUUGGAAAACCACCGCAUCAAGAGCUUUAAAAACAAGGGACGAGAUGUCGAGACUAUGAGAAGACAUCGAAAUGAGGUGACGGUUGAGUUGAGAAAGAACAAACGAGACGAACAUCUACUGAAGAAAAGAAAUGUCCCGCAGGAGGAGAGUCUGGAGGACUCUGAUGUCGACUCAGACUUCAAAGGACAAAAUGUCACACUUGAUGCCAUCUUACAGAACGCUACCAGUGAUAAUGCAGUUAUCCAGCUCAGUGCUGUACAGGCAGCCAGAAAACUGCUCUCGAGUGACAGAAACCCCCCCAUCGACGACUUGAUAAAGUCCGGGAUCCUGCCUAUUUUAGUCAAAUGCCUGGAGAGGGAUGACAACCCUUCUCUUCAGUUUGAGGCAGCCUGGGCGCUGACCAACAUUGCCUCUGGGACAUCAGCACAGACUCAGGCUGUGGUCAAAUCCAAUGCAGUGCCCCUGUUCCUACGACUGCUACACUCUCCCCACCAGAACGUAUGUGAACAGGCUGUAUGGGCUUUAGGAAACAUUAUAGGUGACGGUCCACAGUGCAGGGAUUAUGUCAUUUCACUGGGCGUGGUCAAGCCCCUGCUUUCUUUCAUCAACCCAUCAAUCCCCAUCACCUUUCUCCGCAACGUCACCUGGGUCAUUGUUAACCUCUGCCGCAACAAGGAUCCACCACCGCCCAUGGAGACUGUGCAAGAGAUUUUGCCUGCUCUCUGUGUGCUAAUAUAUCACACCGAUAUAAAUAUCCUAGUAGACACAGUGUGGGCCCUGUCCUAUCUGACGGACGGAGGCAACGAGCAGAUCCAAAUGGUCAUCGAUUCUGGCGUUGUUCCAUUUCUUGUGCCUCUUCUCAGCCAUCAGGAGGUCAAAGUUCAGACGGCAGCUCUGAGGGCAGUGGGUAACAUUGUGACAGGAACAGAUGAGCAGACGCAGGUUGUGCUCAACUGCGAUGUUCUCUCACACUUCCCCAACUUGCUCACGCACCCUAAAGAAAAGAUCAACAAGGAGGCAGUCUGGUUCUUGUCCAACAUUACAGCUGGGAAUCAGCAGCAGGUCCAAGCUGUGAUUGAUGCUGGACUGAUUCCUAUGAUCGUUCACCAACUGGCUAAGGGUGACUUUGGCACUCAGAAGGAGGCAGCAUGGGCCAUCAGCAACCUCACCAUCAGUGGGAGGAAAGACCAGGUGGAGUUUCUGGUGGACCAGAAUGUCAUCCCUCCAUUCUGUAACCUGCUGUCAGUGAAGGACUCCCAGGUAGUGCAGGUGGUGCUGGACGGCCUGAAGAAUAUCCUCAUCAUGGCAGGAGAUGAAGCCAGCACUAUCGCUGAGAUUAUAGAGGAGUGUGGAGGUUUGGAGAAGAUUGAAAACCUGCAGCAGCACGAGAAUGAGGAUAUCUACAAACUAGCCUUUGAGAUUAUUGAUCAGUACUUUUCAGGAGAUGAUAUUGAUGAAGAUCCCAACUUGAUCCCUGACACCACUCAAGGAGGGACCUUCAACUUUGAUCCAGCUUCCAACAUGCAAACGAAGGAGUUUAAUUUCUAAACGCCAGAAUGUUUGGUUCGACCAGCUGCACGGGUACUCUGUAAUCACCCCAGACAUUCAUCCAUCUCUCCUCCAACCUGGCAACCUGGUACCGAAGGAUUUACUUGGCAUCACUUCAACAUGGAAACUCACCACUGAAGGAUUUACCAACCUUGCCUCUGCACUGCGGGGUGUUUUUUUUGUUGUUUUUUUUUUUUUUGUUGUAUUUUUUAUUUUUGGGAAUGGUCAUCCUUCACUGAACAUGGCAACCCUUCACUGGAGUCCUGGUCAUUCAACAGGCACGUCACCAUCAGGCAACCUACAUCAGGAGGAUUGCCAGCUUUCUCUGCCAGUGCUUCAAAAUAUCUCACACAAAUAAAAACCAAGAAGGAAGAAAAAGCCUUCGUGGCAAGAUUUACCGUAAUUGCCAAAUGUCAAGUCUUCAUAAAGACAAACACAAGCACAUUUCAGUCACACACAUACACACUUUUUGACACUUUGAAUUUGUGUGCAUACUUCUGUUAGAAGCCAUCAUAUCACUUGUGGGGAAGAAAAUACUGCUGUUUGUUUGUGGUUUCUUUUUGUGCUUUCCCUCCCCUGGAUCGUCUUCUGGUGUUAUUUCACCCACGCGCACGCACGCUAACAUACAAGUACGUACACACACACACACACACACACACCGUCACUUAGUCACACGGAUUCCCAAUGGCCGGGGCACCCCAAUAACCCUCUCUCACCCAGUUCCCAGUUUAAAGAGUUAAUCCCAGAGCUAAGCCAUGAUUUAACCACGGACCCCCACUGCCCUCCAAAGGGAGUCCUGGGGCAGGUGGGGGGGCGAAAGGGCUCUAAGGCAAAAAGAGGACUUCCGUGGCAAACUGACUGACGGGACUUCUGACUCAAUGACGUCACUUUUUUAAUGUGACCUCUGUUGAAUUAUCAAACUUGUUUAAUAGAAAAAAAAAUCAUCAAAAAUGUGAAGAAAAUGCCAUAAUUCUCUUUUUAUUUCAAUAUAUACAACUGUAAGACCUGCUAAGCGCCUGCUUCCGAUUCAGCAGAGCGACAACAGUUUUUGUGAUUUUACAGAUGUGAAUGCCUGCCACGGGAGGAAGCACCUUUUUAGGUGAAGGCGCAAGAGACUUAAGAGAAGAGGAACAUGUCAGCUGUAGCGUUUAUCCCCCUACAGGACGUCCAUUUCUGCAGCAGGAGCUUCGUCACGUCCUGUGUUCCAGUGAUUGCUCCGGACUCCCCUGUAAUGUGAAACUUGGAAAAUGGGGGGUUCAACAAAGAAAAACACAAAAAAAAGUGUCAAGCUCAGAAAUCGAUCUGAAUUGCUUAUCUGAUCUUUAUUUUAAUUAUUUUAAAUUCUCUCUUCAAACUAAUAUUUUAGGUUCAUGUUUUCAGCUUCUCCUGGUUGAGUCUGUGGAGCUUUCAUAUGUCUUUUUUUGUUUUGUUUUUCCUUUUCUUCAGUCUUAUGCACACGUCUGAGAGGCAUAUCGAUGUCUGCCUGCAGAAAGGGACCUAUACUCAAUAAAGACUAGACUUAUAUAACGAGUGCAGGUCCUGACCUUUACAGUACUUAACUACUUUUUCGAAAGAAGAGGCCACAUGUCAUCACUCAAUUUGAAUAAUUGUACAAAACAAUGUGAUGUGUAUCUCUCCUUGCCGUCUAAUGAAUAUAUGAAUAUAUUUACCUAAAGCCUGUACAAAGCUGCUGCAGCUGACAGUCGUUUGAUGGACGAUAACUUUACUGUCAAAGAUGGCUGGGGAGGGUUUUACUUUUUCUUUCUUUCUUUUCUUUUUUUUUUUUUUUGAAGCAAUAUUUCUUUGUUUCAUUGUUUUUAUUUUUGACUUGCAUAUGUAUUGUGAUGACAUGCUGAUAAAUUGGAACAGGCUGUUUUUUUUUUUUUCUCUCUCUCUUUCUUCGUAGUGGUGACGGGAUGUUUAAAAUGCACCGUCCCAUGUCCCAGUUGGUGUGCGGGUGCGGGUUCACGCUGUCAGACCCCACCCUAACCCUGGUCUCGAAGACUUUGUGAUCCUCUGGUUGGCUGCUAACUACUGAGAGGGGGUCAGUGUAAGGUGGGUGGGGGUGGGUAGGGUAAGGGAGGGUCACACUGGGGUUUUAAAUAUUGGGUGGGGGUUGUAACGAGCAGCCCAGGCUUGUUUUUGGGACUAGCUGUUUAUUACUGAACAAAACUAUGGAGAGGGUGUACAGUCAUGAACUAGCAGACUAGACCGAGCCACUUUAAAGAUUUACAAUUUCGUUGCCUUGUAUCCAAAUUGGAUACAAGCUUAUGUUUGUUGCAAGAUUUUUACUUGCUAAUGAAAAGUUGUUUUAAAUAAAAUAAUAGGAGAAAAGCAACAGACAGCGUUUUGGCCUCUGAUUGUUUAUAUCUUUUUAUAAAUUUUAGAUUGAAUUUCCUCUCUUUAAGGUGGCUCAUUGAUGCUUUCAACUCUUGUGCAUAUUAAAGACAAGAAUGAGUUGAAAAUCAUUGUGCCUUUUGUUUUUCAUUUCAACUAAAACUAGGUUUUAUUGAAUAGAAAAGAUUCUUUGAGCAACUGGAGACUAUUGAAAUGGGAGAUGUGGCUACAGUAACAUGUGGGCCUCCCUGUUGUUGGAGUUUGCCACGGGAAAUGGUCAAUGCUGCUCUCUGCUGUUGAGAGUAACUGCUCCCCUCCAAUCUUAUUCACUGAACAUUGUAACACACCAUUUCUCCCACUCAUUGCUGCCCCUCCCUCUCCCAAACACCACAAACCAUCAUUGCCAUAUUUCGGUCAUGGGAUUUUGAUCUCAUCUCUUCUCAUCUCACCCUCAGGACAUGAUCUGUGUUUCUGAUCCUAACCAAAAUAAACUUGCUGUUUAGCCGUUG